GGCACAGCCGGCGUCUUCCAAAAGCUCGGCGAUCUGCCAGAAUGGAAAGCCCCUGGAUAUGGACAGCUUCGCGGCAAGGCUCUGAACAACGGUAUCGCAUGGGCAUCGUGCUUAGCCUUUCUCAUGUUCGGCUAUGAUCAGGGUGUAAUGUCAGGUCUUCUCACCCUUGACGACUUCCAACGACAUUUUCCACUGAUGACACCACUAUCUCGUGCCAACAAUCUCUGCUGGCUGGACUCGCCAGUUAAUACUGUCAGAGAUGAGCAGAUGUGCACCGGAGAUGCUAACACCCAAGCUGCUGCCGUCGCUCUGUAUCAGGUGGGGUGCUUCCUUGGCGCUGUAUUGAUCCUAUUUUACGGAGAAGUAUGGGGUCGUAAGAGUUCGACGUUCUGGGGCAGCUUCAUCAUGAUCGUUGGGACAAUCUUCCAGGUCGCUGCGGGUGGUACCAAUGGAGGAGAUACAGCUGCAUAUGCUGUCUUGAUCGUUGGUAGAGUCGUGGGUGGUAUUGGAAACGGCAUGGUUACGUCCAGUAUGUUUGAUCGAUCGAUCGAUUACACAACCGGACUCUUGCUGACGAACACAGCUAUUCCGACGUGGCAGUCUGAGUGCGCCAAGCCAGAGAAGCGAGGACGGCUCAUAAUCACGUCUGGCGCUAUCAUUGUGGCUGGUGUCAUGAUCUCGUACUGGAUCGGCUAUGGCUUCUACUUCCUCCCCGCCGGCAUGAGCUACAGUUCAGUUCGAUGGAGGUUUCCUGUAGCGUUUCAGUCUUUCUUCACCAUCAUCGUCAUGUAUAUGCUCCUCUAUCUCCCGGAUAGCCCGCGUUGGCUCAUGAUGCGUGGUCGUGAAGAAGAAGCAAGGAGCCUGCUAGCUCGUCUCGCUGAUGCCGAUAUCGACUCCGAAGUUGUCUCCCUAGAGCUGUCCAAUAUCAAAGAAGCACUAGCUGCUCAAAGCUCGAUGGGAGUGUUCAAAAUGCGCGAGCUCUUUACGAACGGCCCGUCGCAGAACCUGCGCCGCACGCUGCUCGGUAUCGCAGCACAGUUCUUCCAACAAAUUUGCGGUAUCAACCUGAUUACAUACUACGCCACCUUCGUCUUCGAGAAUUCCCUCGGUUUCGGCCCAGACAUGUCGCGCCUCCUCGCUGCCGCAAACGGCACCGAAUAUUUCCUCGCGGGUCUCAUUGCUAUUCCCCUAAUCGAACGCGUUGGUCGGCGCAAACUCAUGCUCUUCGGCGCUUUUGGACAAAUGUCCUCUAUGAUCAUCCUCGCUGGGUCAUCCUCUACCGCCGUCAUCGACGAUCUCGGUGCACCCCGCCUAAACACAAUCUAUGGCGUGCUCGCUACCGUGUUUCUAUUCGUCUUCAACACAUUUUUCGCCAUUGGCUGGCUGGGCAUGACAUGGUUGUACCCUGCUGAGAUCACAAAUCUGAGGAUCCGCAUCCAGGCCAAUGCGCUCUCCACAUGCAGCAACUGGCUCAGCAACUUCCUCAUCGUCAUGAUCACGCCGCCGGCCUUCGCGAAUCUGCAGUACAACACGUACACUAUGUUUGCGGUGUUCAAUGCUGCGCUGUUGCCGGCGGUGUACUUCUUUUUUCCUGAACCGAAGGGUAGAAGCUUGGAAGAGCUGGAUGUUAUUUUUGCG